CGCAAUCGCGAACGCACGUGUGUCUCAUUAACCCAUGUCAUCGCGAUGGAUGUGUUACCUAGUGGGAACCUAUUUCGUGAGCUUCAGUGUGUCACCGACACAGGCUAUUUCGAGUGGAAACUGUCCCUAGAAGACUACUGGCAGCAGACAUGCUACGAAAUGGAGAGGUACCUCCGCGAGGAGCCCCGCAGCAAACGCCGCUCCGAAGAGGAGUGGGCGAGGUCCCCCAUCUCUCCCCCUUCGCCCCCUCCGCUGUUCAUGGCCGCGGUGAAGAGCGAGCCUCCCAGCGACACAGAGGAGAAAGGUCCGCCACCCCUCGAGGAGAUCCGAGGUUGGACUCUGGCCUCCCCGCUGCCACCACUUCUCUUCCCACUUCCCGAGAAAUGCGAGCCACUAAGUGACACGGAGGACUCGAAAGGCACAAUACAACCUGACUGGACGGUGGCAUCACCGUCUCCCACACCACCAGCUCUGUUCACCGUCACUGCCGUCAAGGAGGAACCUCCCAGCGAUUCGGACGAGCCUAGAGGUUCGAUAUCCCGGAAAAGCAGUUGGGGCAAAAAAGACUGGACGUUAUCUGCGUCGCCGCCGCGGCCCGCGCUGUUCGCCGCAAGCGUCAAGGAAGAGCCCAGUGACUCGGACGAGGCCAAAGGUUCAAUUCGGAAAACCGGAUGGGCGGAGUGGGCGAUAUCGCCGUCGCCGACUCGGCCCGCUCUGUUCACGGCGCCCGCUGGGAAGGACGAGCCAAUCAGCGACUCGGAUGAAGCUAGAGAGCCGAGCCCGCCCCGCCGACACACACCCCGCCACCACUCACACGCUGACCCGCGCCGCCGCGUACACCGCUGCGAGUUCCCUGCCUGCGAUAAGGUGUACACCAAAAGCUCGCAUCUGAAGGCCCACAAACGGACACACACAGGUGAAAAACCCUACAAGUGCUCAUGGGACGGCUGCGAAUGGCGUUUCGCGCGCUCCGACGAGCUCACCCGGCACUAUCGCAAGCACACGGGCGCCAAGCCCUUCCGCUGCCGCCACUGCGAGCGCUGCUUUAGCCGCUCCGACCACCUCGCGCUGCACGCCAAGCGACACGCGUAGCCCGUCAACAACAAGCCAAUCAGGACGUAGGACACGUAGGUAGCUCCCUCUCUGAUUGGCCGAGCGGGCAAGCCGAGCCGAGCGCUUGUGAUUGAGGAAUUGAUCGCGGGCCGAACCAAAGAUUGCUACGCUGUUAGUCACUCAGAUUAUGCUUUAAAUUUUUUUCUUUUUUGUAAUCUCUUUCGGCUUGGUUGCCGUUUAGCUUAUGCCGCCAAGCGGCGAGUGCCAUCAUUGGGCGGGGGUGCGAUGCUUUCUUUCCACUAAUAAAAUAAGGGUUUGUAUUGUUAGUUGUAUAAGGGCGUCCGCUAGCGCGGGUGCACGGAACGGGUGCGCGGGUUAACGAAAAAUAGUAUGAGCAACGAACUGGUGCGGACGCGUGCGGCGGAUUUUACACGCAAUAGCCAGCGGACGCCCUAAAGCCUACUUUACACGGAGCAAAGGAUGACUAGUUGUCAAAUGCGACGCGACAAAACGCGUUUGCGCGCGUGUUUGAACGACUCACACGACGCAACUUUAAAAUUAAUUUUUGUAAAUUAUUCGGCAACUUGUCACCCUUGGGUUGCCCAGUGUGAGGCAGGCCUUAGAUGGAUAUUUCAAUUAGGUAUUAAAAGUAUUGUAAAAUCAUAGAAACAUUAAUAAAAGUCAAGUAAGUCCAACGAGCCUUAAUUUAAGGCAUAUGUAGUGUAUUUAAAAUACAAAAAUACGGUAGUGUUUUAAUAAAGAUGUUAGUAUGAAAUAAUGUCUGACCUCCUUGAGACUGAUCAUAAAUUUUUUAUGCUUUUUCAAUUUCCUGUCAAAUAAAAAAAAAUACAAAACGCUUCCAUAUAAAAUUACGCUUUAAAUAACAUUAUUGAAACUAACAUCUUUAUUUUGAAUGCCGUAUAUUAAUAAUUGAUAACCAAUUUCUUCAUAAAAAUUUUGCCCAAUAACAAUAAAAAGUAAGUAAAGCAUUUGCACAAAUUCCCCGCCCGUAUGUUUUCACUACGUGACAUAUUAUUUAUUGGUAAAGCUACCUUCGCCAGCCAAAAUGUAUGUAUGAUUGUAGUCAUACAUUUUGGCUGGGAGUUAGAUUGGGUAAGUACCCACCGAGGCCCGUCACUUUAGUUAGGCUUAGGGGGCGAAUCUGCAUGUCAGAUAGAUGUCCGACAUUGCGUCAGGCCGAAGGUACCAUAGUGUAUUAGGACGAGUAAGGGUCGGUUGAAAGAAAGAAAGAAAGAAGAAAGAAAAUAAAUUUAUUCAGGACGCUUACAGUUUUGCUUAAAUGUAAUACACUUUUAUUAAUAUACCUAGAACAUAAACGUCACUGAAAAGGUCUCCCCUCAGCUUGAUGUCAAGAUACCCUUCAGGUAUCUUGACGCUGGUCUUCCGUGGAGACCUGUCCAAGCGAUCGCGUCAGCACGUAAACUUAACUAACAUUGGUUAAACUAAAUUGAGAUCAGAACAGAUAUUACAAAUAAAUAUUAGGUAGGUACCAAACUGUUUGUCAUCCUUAAAGAGUUCGCUAAAUUUUAUUGUUUGGAAAGUUUCAUAGUAAACCGCCGCGGCGCGCCGGGUGACGUUAAUCAGUCUGUCAAGUGCGGAUGUUGCAACCGACCUUAAGUUAACCUUAAAAAAACGUGUCAUGAUUUUUAUAACAGUGAGGUUUAAUUUAAAGGCAUUCACACCAAUGUAAAAGGAACAGUAUGUGUAAAAACAAAAUGGAUACAUUUAUAGUCAUAGUCAUACAUUUAUUUCAAAAACAAUUCAGGUAUUGUGUUUGAAAUACAUGCUACAGAGUAUACAUGACGCCAGUAUAGGUUUUACCCAAGGGCUUGACACUCUUUGAUAGAGAAAGAUAGUCUUAUUGCGAUUCAUAUAAGAGGAAAGACAAAAUAGUGCCAAGCUUUGUCCUUAUCACCGACCGGGUGGCAUCAUGAAAGAGAAAAAAUCCUAUGCCGCCCAAAUUUUAUAUGAAUAUUCUUUCUCUUACCCCCGAUGGGGGCGCAUCUACACUACUUGUAUAUACUUACCUACAGUCUAGUUUGGUUCCAUGAGAUUUGGCUUAAAGGACUAGCAUUCAUGCCAUAAAACUCCCAAAAAACAAGUAUUUGACACUUAUUAAUACUGACAGGUAAAACGUUUGCUGGCGCCAUCUAUAAAAUACUUCGAAUUGUUGACCCCGUUUUCAAUUAUAUUCCGUCAACUGAUAGUUUAGCUAAUACUUAAUACACUCGAUUGAAAUACUUUUUUUUAGAAUAAUACACGAAAAAUAUAUUUUUUUUAGAUUUUCUUGAAGAUUAUUUUUGAAUUUUAGCGACCUUCGGCUUGUAAAUAUGAUUUUCAUUAAUGCAAUAACACGUAGAUUCGCCCUAGUUAUACGUCUCGUUACCUGAUGUAUUUAAUCGGAACAGUCACUCGUCCGAAAAAGAACCUUAAUGCUUCAAACUAAAAGUCGCAAAUCGAUUGUCUAGAUCCGUGUGUUGUACGAAAUUAACGUAUAUAGUAGGUAUAAGAUAUUUUUAAUGUUGAGGGAGAUUUUUUAUAGAUAAAGUGUAUGGUAAAAUAAUUUGUAUUUUACUGUUCUUAUGGUUGAUGUUUGUUUGAGACUUUUAUGUAGGUAUAAUGUUAAUCUUUUUUAUACUUCAGCAUAGUUUCAAAUUACAAAAAUAUGUUACACCAAAAGAUUAGGGAGUGUCUUAAUUUUAUAAUGUUACUGCAUUUACGAAAAAAAACUAGUUAAAGAUAUUUGUAAUUUGGAACCGAUUUCGACGAGUGGCUGGAUUCGAAGCAAAGUAUGUUUAUUUUUUAUUACGUUUAUUAUUAAGAUAUAAAUAGUUGUUUACUUUAAGCUGUUUUGUAUUCUACUCUUUCAUUCCGUUCUUUAUCCUGCUGAGUAUGGACCACGAUCUGUCGUUAUAAAAAUCUUUAGCGUUUUUAGGCAGACUAUUGAGUAUUAUUUAAAUUUGUAUUAAUAGUGAGCCUCACUCCUCGUUAUUACUAUAGGACAGAUUGACCUGUUCUAAUGUUAUUCCUACACGAUUAUAGGGCAUUCUGUUCCUUAAUGAAUUCGAGAUAACGAAUGAAAAAUACUUAAAAGCGAUUAAAACAGGUAACUAUAAGUUUCCUUACAGAUAAUUGAACUAUUAUUACUGCGUAUAAACUGGCACAGAGAACCAGUAUUUUGCGCCAUGAGUUACUGCCGUUUUGGCAUCAAACCAUAGAAGCGGAGCGCGAAUCUCGCGACCUAAACGCGUAAGCGCCAUGAGUUUUACGGCGCUUACGACGUUUUGGUCGCGUGUUACAGAUUGCGAUUGCGACUCUAAAGUAAUAACUCAAUGUUAAAGAUCUUUUUUCAUAGCGUUUGAGUGAGAUGAGUUUUUUAACGGCAGAUUUAUUAUUGGUCCAUGACAGACGGGCUAGUAAUACGGGUUGGAUUUUUCCGCCGCCUCAGGUUGAUUCUAGACGGCUUCAGGGUCCCUCGGACCCAUUAGAUAGGUACGCUUAUAUAUUCGUUUUUAUUGUAAUUUAAAUUUAUUGGCUUCGUCAUGUUUUGAAGCAUGUUAGCUUUAUAACUCGUUCUCCGCUUAGAUGUUGAUUGUUGAGUUUCAAGAUGAUUUUACAUUCUAUACUUAUUUAACGCGUUCGCAGUGCUAUAUGACUCGUAAGGUAGGUACAAUCAUCAGAUAUAUCGGAGCGGCGGAGGUGCUCACAAAUAUCUGAACACGCCUCUAUUUUCAAGGCGUUAGAGUGUGUGUUCAGAUAUUUGUGUGUGUCUUAAGCCUUUAAUUAAAUAUUUGAUUUUUUUUAAAUACCCAUCAGUAGAUGCACUAAAGAAAGGACGCUUAGGACGAGGAAUAGGGUAUUUGACAAUUUUUUUAUUACUGGUUGAUCAGGUUUGUUUUGAGGAUCUAAUGUCUUUAUGGGACCCAUUGUCUUAAAGCAAUACAAAAGUCACAAAUGAUAGUCAAAGUCUGGCACCCGCACUUUACUGACGAAACGCUCCUAACAAAAUGGCAAUACAUCGUGACGUCACCAUGUAACGUCGCUAUUGCUUAGAAGCCUUUCCGUUAUUGGGCCGUCAAUAUCUUAUCUUAUCUUUGUCUUGUA